GCGGGCUGAGUUCAGUGCGCCGCCACGCGUCGCUCGUAUCGCGCGUUGCCGCUCCCGCUAGCGCAUCCGCUCCGCUAUGAAGGUGAAAGUCAAAGGCGCCCGUGCCAAAAACAUGGACAAGCUGAUCGCGGCAGUCCAAGCCCGCGAGUGCUUGUGGGACAAAAGUUACAGAGGGCACAGAAAUCGGUUCAAGUUGGAGCGUUAUUGGAACGAAGUGGCCACGGAAGUUGGGACCACUAGUUUAAAUUGCAGAAAGAGAUGGAAGAACCUCAAAGAUCAAUGUCGAAAAGAAAUGAAGAAAAAUCCCAACGAAUCCGAAUGGCCACAUUUCCAAAAAUUAAAAUUCAUUCAUCACCAAUUUUUAGCGGAGGAUGAAGAAGGCGACGAUGACACAACAGAUGAAGUAUUCAAUUCUCUUGAUGAAUCUAUAAAACGGCCAAAACUUGGCUAUACAAUGAGAAAGAAAUUACUCAUGAACAAAAGGAGAACUAUAGAUGUUGAUAUGAACAAAUUGAUUGAAUUAGUCCAAGUGCGAGAUAUUAUAUGGAAUAGACAAUUAAAAGGACAUCACAAUUGGUACAAAUUAGAUGAAAGCUGGAAGGAGAUUUCUCGAGAAUUAGGAGUUACACGAGACGAAGCGAGAUUGAAGUGGAAAUAUCUACGAGAUCAAGCAAGAAAAGAAGUUCGUAAACAAGGAUCAGAAUGGGAAUAUCUACCAAAACUCCAAUUUCUUACAAAUCAGUUUAACGAUUACGAAGGCAACGAUACCGCUGAUGAUCAUUUCAAUCAGGACACAGACUUCGAUACGACCGCUGAUCAGAGUAGUAGCUACUAUAUCGAGCCACCAACAAACGAAGUUAGCGUCAAAGAUGAUGAAUUUGACGAAUUUGACACGAAACCAAUAAUUAUGGAGACUGAUUUCUACGACGAUGACGACGAAGCUCAAAAGAGCAUUGGCAAUAGUAAUGAUGUUCCCGAAGUAGCCAAAGAUGAGGAUAUAGGUUUCUUCAACAGUCUUAUACCGCAUGUUAAAAAACUGGGGCCAGCCAAGAAGUUAAUGUUGAGAAUGAAGAUCCAAGAACUAGUGUAUAAUACGGUUUAUAACGAAACCUAGGACCGGCUUAAUAAAGAAGACCUAGGGGUGCUUCUUUUGAACAAUUUAUAAACAUAAAACUGCUCUAAACAGAAAAGUGAAAAAGUGUUUUAUCUCAAUAUAAUUACUUACAGAAUGGUAGAUUGAAGUGUUAGACAAAGGUGUAGUGGAUUGUUGGUUUCUUGAGAUAUUUAAUAGGUAUUUGAAUCGACUUUGUUUGACUUAACUUCCUUGACGUAGGUCAUACUAUUGUUGUUUAUUGAUAAAACCAUUAAUCAAGGGUUCAUCAUCAGAACAAUAUAAUGUUAUAUUAUUACGUAAAAACAAAAUAUUAAAAUUUUUAUAAAAACGAAUAUUCUGC